UCCAGGCUGUAGUGCGUCACACGGUCAGUGCAUGCUUACUGGGUACUGCAUGUCAGCAUCUCUCUCCUACAUCCUCACUCAACUCUCGACCUUCAUUUGGAACCUUUUGCUGCAUGCUGAGGUAGAAAUUGUAUCCCUCGCCGAUGAAAAAGGCCAUCGAAGCUGUAUAGCGGAAUCACUGCAGCUAGUUUUGGCCCCUUUCUCUCGCAGCCAUGGAUAAAACAGUAGCAUCAUCCGACACAACGGCAGUUGCUAAGAUGGCGCCGCCAACUGCUCCUCUAGUUCCAGACAAGAGAAAUGUAACAAACGGCCGCAGCUCGCCAACCAGGACUGGAAAACCAACUCUGGCUAAUGUGGAGAAGAAGCCGCUCCUAAAUGGAUUCGCAUCGCCUUCACACUUGGUGGCUAAUAUCAGUACCAACCAUGUGGGCAAACCAAUGGUCGAAGGUUUCUUGAAGACAGACGACAGGAUGCGUUUAGCCAAAGAGAGACGAGAGGAGAGGGAGAGAAGCCUUGCGGCCCGAGAGCAACUGAUCAGGGAAAAGGAGCGGCGAUCUCAGCUGCAGUAUGAGCGCACGGUGGAGGAGCGCUGGAAGCGUCUGGAGGAGCAGAAGCACAAAGAAGAGCUCCGCAGGGCCGCGGUGGAAGAGAAGCGAAGGCAGCAGCUGGAGGACGAGAGGGAGCGGCUGGAGGCCCUGAUGAGACGCUCCCUAGAGCGCAGCCUACACCUGGAGCACAGACAUAAACGCUGGAGCAGAGGCUAUCCUGCAGGAGCAGGUGACAGUGAGAAUGCACCGCUCUCUUUCUCUGCUGCCUCCGCCCUUUCCCAUGGCCUUGCCUCCCCUCUUCCUGCUGUCAGCGAAUCUGCGCCCUGCAGCCCUCGCAGGUCACCUUUGUGCAGCUCACGCACCCCCGCUGAACCCCACAGAGUCCUGGAAGGCUCCCGCUCCACUCCCAACACACCCAAGAAAGAGCGUCUGCACAGGGAAAGAAGAACUGCCUCCCCGGGUUGUGGAUUCAUCCUGAGAAGAUCUGAAUCUCCUCACAUCCCCAAACAGCUGACCUCUACAACUACUUCCAAGCUGGCUUCUAAGAAGCGCACCCAGUCUCCUAUCAACAUCCACGAGUACCACCACUCCCCCUCUAGACAUCGGUCAACCCAUGUCAAGAAACAUGACGAUAAAAAGAUGGAAAGACACAACAAGCUCUCUGCAGGGAAAAACAACCUCCACAUACCCAAUUCGACUGACAUCGGUAAAGCCAGAUCUUCUGAAGGCUUCAAGGGUGACACACCAGAGAAGAAAGUGGAGCAGAAGAAGACAGAGACUGUCAGUCAUAGUGGAGAUAAGAAAAGAGAAUCAUCGCCAUGCAUGGUCACAGGGAAAGCGGCAGCCAGCAUAACCAAUGCCGAGGACGCCAGCAGGCUGUUAGCGGAGCGUAGACGGCAGGCCCGGGCGCAGAAAGAACAGGAGGACAAAAAACAAAUGCAAGCGGAUGAAGAAAGGCUCAAAGAAGAACAGCUGAGGAAGCAACUUGCACAAGAGCAGCAGCAGCAGGAGCCCAAGGACGCUGCAAAGAAUAAUGCAGACUCUCAUAAGACGAAGCAAGGAGGAGACAUGGGACAGGAGGAUGUGCAGGAGAAAGAGUUGAUGGACACAGAGAGAGAAAAGGCCAAAGUUCAAGCACAAGAGGAAGCCGAGCGUCAGCGUCAAGACCGAGAGCAUCAGGUGCAGCAGGAAGAGGAAGAGAGGCAGCUGAGAAAAAAGAGAAUCGAGGAGAUAAUGAAGAGAACGAGGAAAAGUGACGCUGACGUGAAGGACGAACAGGUGGAGACCGAGUCACCACCAGGAAAGGGAAAGACUGGUCAAAGUGAAGCUCAGGAAUACUUUAAAGAGGGUAAAGAGCAGGUCACAAGCCAGGGCGAGACAAAAGGGAAGAAAGAAGCUUCAGCACAGAUGGAUCAUCAUGGGGACAUCAGCACCCAACAAGUAAUGCCAGCACACAGUGUUCCUGACAAGAGGCUGGACACCAGAGAAAGAGAGGACAAGGAGGGUGGGCAACACCAAAGAGAGGUACUGGUGAACAAGCAGCCCAAAAUGGGCAUGAUAAAAGCCAUGGAUCCUUUUAGAAAAGCACCAACAGAUGUCAAUAGUCAGCAAAAGGAGAGGAACGGAGUGGUCAGGGAUGCAAAGAGAGGCCACGUGACAGCGGAGGUAAGCAAACCGCAUGUGGGAAAACCUGAAGGAUCGCCAAAGCUCAGAUCACCACCUGUCAUACACCUACAGCCACUGGAGGUGAAGCACUUUUGUGAUGAGAUGCAGCCAAUGGACGUCAGCCCAGCUUCCAAGGAGGAAUUGAUUUCCAUCCCAAAAUUCUCGCCGGUAAAUGAAAUCCAACACUGCGGGAUAAGUAACAGCCGGGCCCUCCGGGACCUGAUGGACCUGACAGGCAGCGUCACAUGCUCCAAAGUCACCUCUGAUGGCAACAUAGGUGAUUGCAACAAAAACCUGAUCGAUGGGGUCGUCAGCCCCGUGUCGGAUUCUAAGCUCACCGCGACGUCAAAUCAACUUAGCAUCCGCUAGCGCAACCGUAACACUAGGUAUCACAUUUAUAAAACGUAUCACUACAUGUAUGGGAAGAGAGCCAUAGUAUGCACCUACCAACAAACCCUUGCAGCUUUACAGUAAAACAAAGCAGGGGUGGGUAUUUAAGAGAAUGUAUGGGAAUGUUCUGAACUCCUGUUUUCAUGCCAGUGUCAUAUUGAGCAGAGUGCAGUGGUACCUCAGUUUUUUUAGGAAUCUUUCACCACAAUAUUGCCCAGCACCUAACAAACUAGUCUAUCGUACGGCACCUAACAAACUAGUCUAUUUGUCUAGAAUUUAGUGCCCCAAAAAAGAAUCAAACGUGUUAGGGACUUUUUGUUUUGUUGUGCCAUUGGACGCUUUGUUUUGUUGUGUUAUUACUAUAAAAAUGGGACCCAUUACCUCCCUGCUUGACACUCAGCAUCAAUGGUUGGAAUUGGGGGUUAAAUCACCAAAAAUGAUUCCCGGGCGCGGCCACCGCUGCUGCCCACUGCUCCCCUCACCUCUCAGGGGGUGAUCAAGGGUGAUGGGUCAAUUGCAGAGAAUAAUUUCGCUACACCUAGUGUGUGUGUGUGACAAUCAUUGGUACUUUAACUUUUUUUAACUAUAUUAAUACAAUGUGUGAGUCCAACUUUGUUUGUAUUAUUUAUUUCAAAUCGUGCUCUCAACUCUCCCACUCGGAAGUCAUUCUCAGCUCUGUCGCCCUUCUGUGACAUCAUCUCUUGGUGACUCUGUGGGUCUUUGCUAACUAACACAGUCACAUCGUAAUUCUAAAUACGGCUGCAAAUAACCCAGAAAAGCCAAAUAGUGGGGGCCAGAGAAAGUUGCGAGUGUCAGCAUGUGAUGUUACAUGUUCAUUUAUCCAUUUCAAUCGUCAUUUAUAUUUAUUCUGCAUGUAAAACGAACUGUUCUGUGUAAAAUGUAUUUUGUGUUAUUAGUUGUGGGUGUCUGGAACAGUUUUAUUGGAUUUGCAAUACUUUAGGAAAAAUUGCUUUGGUUUUUAUACAGUUCGGUCUUCUUCUGACCUUUUGGAAUGGAUUACAGUAGUGCCUCAAUUUAUGAUCUUAGCUAGUUCUGUGACGGAGCUCUUAACUCAAAACGCUUGCAUCUCAAAUCAAUGUUGGAAUGAUUGAAAUCAAUUUAGUAGGUACUUGGGCCGUUUUAACAUCUAACAUGCCCUUUUAAAAGAAAAAACUAACUAUUAGAUGAGAAAUGUUGUAUUGAAACAAUACAGAAUCAGAAUAGUUUUAUUGCCAUUGUUUGAGAACGGGUUCACAAACUAGGAAUUUUUCUUGGUGCAAACGUGCGACAUAAAACACAUGUAACACAUUUUUGGUAUAAAAAGAGCUGUGACUGAGCUAUCAGAUAGACGGUUAGAGUACACAGAUUUAGCUUUCUCCACUUCCCUGGUGAAGUGGUACUUCGCUUCUCUGUAUGUACUUCGGUCCCCGCUUCUCCACGCAGCCUCCUUCUUCUUGCGCAGCUGUCGGAGCUUGGGUGUGAACCAGGGCUUGUCGUUGUUAUAACAAACCCUGGUGCGCAUUGGAAUGAUGCGCGCCUCAUUGAACUGUAUGUAUGAGGUCACAGUGUCCGUAUACUCGUCCAGAUUGUUCGUGGCCGCUCCAAUUGCCUCCCAGUCUGUCGUUUCCCAACAAGCACGCAACUCGUCCACAGACUCGGCGGUGAAACACUUAAUGUUCCUCAUAACAGGUUUAGCCAGUUUCAGUCUCUGUCUGUAUGAAGGGAUUAAGUGCACCAUCACGUGAUCUGAUAGUCCAAGAGCAGCGCGCGGGACUGCAUGAAAAGCCUUACAAUACAAUAGAGCAAUGAUUCUCAAACUGUUGUACAUGUACCAUUAGUGUUACGCCAAAGAAUCACUUGAUUAAAGUACAGUGUUUUAUUUUCCUUUAUUCACACACGGUGCUACUGUUCAAACUGUGUGUAAAGUUACCGUGGCGAAAAAUAUUACAUAUACGUGUUGAAUAAAACCUCUGCCUUGUCUUAAUGAACACUUAGGCCUUGUGUGCUACAGUAAUUUAAUGUUGGCCAUUUUUGUGUUACUUGGACAGCCAAGUUUUUUCUGAGGUGGUACUAGAUGAAAAAAGUUUGAGAACCAUUGCAAUAGAAUGUACUGGUAACAACUACAGUACUUUUAUAAUAAUAAUGUACAACAUUUAUCUUGGAGAGUGGACUUGUAUGGUGUCUCCUUUCAGCUGUGUCUCCGUCAAACCCACCAUCAGCAGCUUUUCCAUAUUUUCAUGGAUAAACCUUUGCCAUUUAUAUAUUGUUUAAACAUUCUUGGCCGGCAUUCGACUCAGUCUGCUACACAUUCUGUCACAUUUUUAAUGAUUUCUUUCUUUAAUUCAAUGGCUCUUCCCUUGCCCAGAUGCAGACAGCUCUUAUCUCAAAACAUUCUUAAGUUGGGGCACUCUUUAAUUUGAGGUACCACUGUACUAACAAAAAACGAGGUACCACUGUAUUGCUGUCAUUGUGGAGGAUUGUGUGUAUGUAGCUCAACUUCCUGUGGCCAUCAUAGCUUUCUUUAUGCAGCUUACUCGUUAAGACUAAAUCAGCAGUGCCUCUGUUUGUUGCGCAAAGUAGUGCACUCCAUUUUGUCUCGGUUGCUUCGAAGCACAAUUUAGCGCCAAUAAUUUUUUCAGCAUAUCGUUCAUCCCUAAGGGAAAGUAAAUUAAUCAAAAGUAUCGGUCAGGUUUUUGAAUAUGGAAAAAAUGUACAGAAAGUUGAAGGACUUUAAAGAGUCUCAAGACCAGUGUU